GAGCCGGAGGGUGCGUUGGCUAGCCGCUCGCUCCAGCCAGCGACGACAGGGUUGUGCAAAAAGGCGAUCCCAGCCAGUCGGAAAGCAGCAGUCCUCGCGGAGUCGUAAAAAGUAACAACGCAGAGUGAGAGAAGAAGAAAGAAAAGCGUGCAUUAUACAGCCGUGCAAUAAUAGCGCAUAGCCCUAGCGAAACGAGCCGAUAACGGGAUCGUCCGUGUACUUGUCGAGGACUUCCCUCUCCCACUCCUUCUCGUCAGCGGGCCGAAAAAGCAUGCAGCGGGACUCGAUGGACGAGAGCGCCGAGGCACCGUCGCUACCGCUCACAGAAUUCGUCGACGACGAAGACGACAUGACAACCCGUCCGACGACGUCCAAGGACCUCGCUUCGUCGCCGCCGCAGUCUCGGCCGCUGGGGCCUCCUCGCACACAGAAGCAGAAAGCCACGGCAGACGAUCUCUCGUCCAGCGAAGGGACGCCCGUCGCCGCCGGAAGUUGUCGCGAUCCAUUCCUGUCACGUGGGUUGCAUGACGUCACGGUCAACAUCCGGCGGUGCCGUCGUCGUGCGGUGGAAAAGAUGUCGAACCCCGAGCGCAAAAGCAAGAAACCCUCGAGCAGUGCUUUCAAGCAGCAGCGGCUGUCGGCAUGGCAGCCGAUUCUGACAGCUGGCACGGUGCUGCCUACGUUCUUCGUCAUAGGCCUUGCAUUCGUCCCCAUAGGCAUCGGUCUGCUAGUUUCAUCCAACGAGGUGCAAGAGUUCCAGUAUGACUACACGGACUGCAAGGAGAAAGGCAAGAACGUGACAUGCGCGUCGGUCAUACAGAACGAUAUCAAGAAGACGUGCGUUUGCCUCGAGCGCAUCACAUUGCCCGAAGAUUUCAAGUCUGAAGUGUACGUCUACUACGGGCUGACCAACUUCUACCAGAACCACAGACGAUACGUGAAGUCCCGGGACGACACACAGCUUCUGGGCAAGCCACUUCAGACGAACCUCGACUGCGAACCCUUUGCACAGGAUCCCAAGACAGGGAAACCCAUUGCACCCUGUGGUGCCAUUGCAAACAGCAUCUUCAACGACACGCUCACGCUCAAGUACCGUCACAAGCAAGACCGUGAUGGCAUCGAAGACCCCACCAUGGUGCACAUGCUGUUUGACAAGAUUGCCUGGCCGACCGACCGCAGGGUCAAGUUUAGGAACCCACCAGGCAUGAACUUCAAUGGCACCGCCAAGCCGCCAAACUGGCCGCUCCCCGUGGAGGAUGUUGGUGGCUUUGAGAACGAGUCCCUGAUUGUCUGGAUGCGUACCGCUGCGCUGCCCACUUUCCGCAAGCUCUACGGCCGUGUGGACCACUCGCGCGAGCUCUUCGUCAGCUCGCUGCCCAAAGGGGACUACGACCUGGAGAUUGUGUACCGCUACCCGGUGAUGCCAUUCAAGGGCAGCAAGCGCAUCAUCCUCUCCAACACGUCGUGGCUAGGUGGCCGCAACCCGUUCCUCGGCAUCGCCUACAUCGCCGUGGGCAGCCUCUGCCUGGCGCUGGCCUUCGUCUUCCUCGUCAUACACAACAAGUUUGGCAAGAAGUGCGUUGCCACUGCCCAGCCGUCACUGUGCCGCAAAGCAUGCCUUGCCACCACUGUCCUCUUGCACUGCGACUGCCCUGUCGGCGCCUCCUCUAAGCUGUGCCGCUGCUCUCUGCAUGCUGACGCGCCUAAAGCAAGCUUGCCACAUCCCUCCCGCUUCCUGCUUUUUUCCGAGCCACCUGCAUGAUGAUGGCACCCCUGUCUCUUGCACACACGACCUGGUGAACAUAACCCAGAGAACACCCUACUAACGGCAGUCGGGGCACUGUCGUCGCGUCUGCGCAUUCCACUGCAUUGGAUGAGGAUUCCUGCCCUCUCGGCAAGGAGGAGCCCACACCGUGGACCACUUAAGUGUCUUGCCAGCUUCCCGGUUCAACCUUAUAAUCAGCGGUUGGUACUAGUGGCACCGCUUUUAGUGUAUGUUCGAAGAAUCCCGAAGAGACGAUCAUGUGGUUUACAGUUUCCUAAUUGCAGUGUGACUGCGCACACUCUUUUGACUAUUCGUUUGUGGUACAGUUGACUCCCGUUAAUUAGACCCUUGCGGGACCGUACGAUUUGGUUGAAUUAUCCGUAAUGCCGAAUUAAUGUACAGCGACAAAAUGAAUGAUUCAAAUAUUUUUUUGUCGCUUGAAGUAAUCUGCUGUGUCUCUUGAUGUGUGACUCAACCAGCUUGAGGUGAAGAGUGCCUACAUGUUUAAAUGCUGCCUUAGCACGACAUGACACAAAACAAGCGGGUACGGAUGGCUUCACGGGCAGAAGCAGUGUUGGCCACUAAGAAAUAAAACUAAAUUUAAAUAAAACAACUUCACACCUAUAGAAACAGUAACACCGUCUGCUGAAUUUCUUGUGUUUUCAAGCUUGUAGUAACCACUGCAGCCUAAGAUGGAGGCACCAGUGGGGGUCGAAUUAACCGAAGCGGUGCUGUUUUGAGUUCGAACUAAUCAAGUUUGCCUUCCAUAUCAGUGUAUAAUUUUUUGCUGGAGCAUUCCAGUCCUUUGCCUGUGCUUUCAUACAUCAUGAUGGGGUAUUCAAAAUCAUAUUCUUGGUUGCAAAACAAACAUGAAGUUAAUGCAGUGUGAGCAAUGCACCACAUGUGAAGAGAUUAUCAAUAACUUUGACCGAUGCUCCGAAGUGUGGAAUCAUGUUUACGUAUCCCAACGUCUGUGCUUACAGAAAAAGAAGGAAGAAAAGAAAAAGAGAAAAACGGGGGAAAUGCAGGUGUGUUAUCAGAUCAUCCAUCUUUCUUUUUUUUUAAGUAGUUUUGUACAGCUGUCGUUGGCUGUUACAGUCAACGAAUUCUUUCAUGAAAUGUGGCAGUUUUCUCGUAUUUGUAGCACAUGGACACUUUCGAUGACCACAGACACCAAAGUACAGCAGCAACACAAUGGCAGAGAGUACAUUGAGUCUUGCGAGACAUCAGUGCGUAGUUGAUGGGUACAGUACAUCUUGGGAUUAAGCUAUGCGCAGAGCCUGCCACUCAUUGCCUGUGAAUUUUGCUGCACUUACUCGUGCAGACUUCUUCUAGGCCUGCUUUCGUUGUUGCAAGCUGCAUUGUGCUUGGCAGAAGCGUCUAGUCAGAUGUUGUGAUGGCUUUUUAACUUGACUGUGCACGCAGGCAAAAAGUAAUUCAUUCAAGCAGUGUGUAGGAAAGUCUUGCACAGUGGCAAAUUCCCGAAGUGGGCGGGUUCUGUUUGCAAAGCUUAAUUGCUGCUAGACGUAGUUUCACAGUUGGUGUUGUCUGCUUGGUAUUUGUUAAUCUUUGUAAAUACUGUGUAAUUUAUUUUGUGACCUCAAUAAAAGGGAGACAUGUGUUUCUUUACGGAA